AUGAACGCGGCUGCUCAGGGCGACAAGGCCCUAGCCAACUCCGACUUUCCUACUGCAAUUCGAUUCUUCACCCAAGCUUUGACGGAGUUUCCUCGCUCCCCCGCCUAUUACAUCAAACGGUCGACCGCUUUCUCACGGCUCAAAGCUGCAGAUGGAGGACCCAACUUCCCCGCCGCUCUGCGGGAUGCCGAGACCGCUCUGACGCUUGCGCGAGAACGCGCAAAGCGCGAGCUUAUACUGUCCGCUCAGAUGAGGCGUGGUAUUGUUCUGUACCAGCUUGAGAGAUACGGCGAUGCAGCCUUCCUGUUCAACACCAUCCAGGAGAAGAUUGGGACGAGUACGGAAUCACAGGAUAAAUCUGAGAAGGUCAAGGAUGCUAUGGCUGGGAGCGGUGCUGCCUCGUCAGCGAAAAAGGGAUAUGAGCAGGAACUUCCGAUCUGGACACUCAAGGUGAAGACCAAGCUCAGCAAGCUGCCCGAGGGCGAUGAGAAGGCUGCGGUGACGGUGGAAGAAACUGCCAAAGACGUGUCCAUUCCAUCAGAGAAAGACCUCAAGAGACAACUCGAGGCUCUCAAAUCUGGUAACGGGGAAGAUAGCCUGGCGCAGAGCAGUACAGCGGACGAUAUGGUUGCGAAUUCUGCAAAGGUUCACCCAUCUGCAACCACAAGCCUGAAUAACAAGGGCGCAGCUGAGGUCAUGUCGUCAACGGCUGCUUCCUCGUCGACUACUCCCUCAGUUGAAAAGAUUCGGCAUGAGUGGUAUCAGUCUCAUGAUUCGGUUGUCGUGACCCUCUACGUCAAGGGAGUGUCAAAAGAUAGCGUUGACACUGAGCUCAAUGAUGAUUCUGCAGCACUUCAGUUCCCACUUCCGUCUGGCGCGGACUACGCUUUCUCUCUUGAUCCCCUCUUCGCGCCCAUCGAUCCAUCUUCCUCAAAGGUCUCGGUCAUGUCUACUAAAAUCGAACUCGUCUUACGCAAAAAGGUUCCUGGACAGAAAUGGAGUACGCUGGAAGCAUCCUCAUCAGGUGUCAAGCUUGCGGACAGGCAGGCUGCGGUUGGGUCGGCUUCUACCGGUAGCACUGGACCUUCAUACCCAUCUUCGUCUCGCCAUGGUGCCAAAGAUUGGGAUAAAGUCGCAUCAACCUUGACAGCGAAGAAACCAAAGGCGAAGGCCAACAAUACGAAGCAAAAGGAGAACGCGGGCAAUGACGAUGCUGGUGCGGAAUCCGACAGCGCUGAUUCUGUCGACUCUGACUAUGGCGCUGGGGAUCCAGUGGAUUCCUUCUUCAAGAAACUGUAUGCUAAUGCGGAUCCUGACACCCGUCGGGCAAUGAUGAAAAGCUACGUUGAGAGCCAGGGGACUUCUCUAAGCACCAACUGGGAUGAAGUGAGCCGCGGGAAGGUAGAAGCGCGGCCACCCAGUGACUAA